AUGAGCAAUGAGUCAGAAAAACCCUCAGCGGAUGAGAGCCCAACUGGAGACUCAGGCGCAUUUCAUGCCUAUUUGAGGAUAUUCCGAUAUGGAUCCUCCAUCGAGCGUGUCUUGCAGAUGAUUGCUGCUGCUUGUGCGAUGGGCUCUGGAGUCGGGAUGGCUAUGGUGAACUUGGUAUUCGGCCGUUUCAUCACUCUGAUUAUCGACUACGUGUCAGGUGCUUCGACACCUGAUGCUUUCCGCAGUCGUGCUGGAAUCCUGGGUCUUGCGUUCUUCAUCAUCGGCCUCGGGCGGUUUAUCCUCACAUACGCAUACAGUACGCUCUUCACGUUCGCUGCUUAUCGAGUUGCCAGAAAUAUUCGCCGUGCCUACUUGGAAGCCGGUAUCAGACAAGAGGUUGCUUUUUUUGAUGGAGGUACUGGUGGAUCGAUUGCUAUGCAGGCUACUUCGAAUGGCAAACUUAUUCAAGCAGGAGUGUCAGAAAAGUUGGGACUGGUGACACAGGGACUAGCAGCCUUCAUCGCGGCAUUUAUCCUGGCAUUCGUGACCCAAUGGAAGUUAACCCUUAUUUGCUGCUGCAUUGCUCCAGCCACGCUUCUGGUGAUGGGUAUCACUUCCGCCAUUGAAGCCAGCAUCGAGACCAACAUUCUACAGGUCCAGGCCCAGGCUGGGAGCUUUGUGGAGAGCAUUCUAUCGAGCGCCCGAACAGUGCACGCCUUUGGCCUUCGGGCUAUGCUAGUGCAUGACUUGGAAAAGUUUUUACAGCAUUCACGACAACUGGGCAACAAAAAGAGUCCCCUCUUUGGGUUUCUCUUCUCUGCGGAAUACAGUAUCAUAUACGCAGGCUUCGGUUUGUGUUUUUGGCAGGGCGUUAAAAUGCUAGCCAGAGGCGAAAUCGAACACUCGGGAGACGUUUUCACUGUGCUUAUGUCGGUGAUUGUGGCCGCUACAAGCUUGACUUCGAUAGCGCCAUAUCUCAUCGACUUCACUCGAGCUGCCACUUCAGCCUCGGAGUUAUUCAGACUUAUUGAUAGAACUUCGGCUAUUGACCCUUUCGCUGAAUCCGGGGAGCGACCUACCCAAGUCAAAGGCGAUAUUGAAUUCGACCACGUCUCAUUCAGCUACCCAACUCGGCCCGGGGUCACUGUGUUGGAUGACCUCUCGUUGCGUAUCCCUUCUGGAAAGGUGACGGCUCUCGUUGGAGCGAGUGGUUCAGGAAAGAGUACAAUUGUCGGAUUAAUUGAGCGUUGGUACAAUCCAAUAUCAGGAACGGUGAAGCUAGAUGGGCAGCCCAUCCACCAUCUAAACCUUCACUGGCUUCGACAGCAAGUGAGACUUGUUCAACAGGAGCCUGUCUUAUACGCUGGAACUGUCUUCGACAACAUCUCCAACGGACUGAUUGGCACUCAAUGGGAGAAUGGCUCACAGGAAGUUAAACUGGCCCGAAUUGAAGAAGCCGCGAAGAUUGCAUUCGCCCACGAUUUCAUCACCAACCUUCCCAAUGGCUACGACACGAUAAUUGGGGAACGAGGUGGUUUGCUGUCUGGUGGCCAGAAACAGCGCAUUGCUAUCGCUCGAAGCGUUGUCUCGCAACCACGGAUUCUACUUCUGGAUGAGGCGACCAGUGCGCUUGAUCCGCACGCCGAAGAAGUCACUCAACAAGCCCUUGACAAUGCUUCGCAUGGACGCACAACCAUCACAAUCGCUCACAAGCUCGCGACAAUUCGGAAUGCUGAUAAUAUCGUCGUGAUGGAAAGAGGUCGCAUUGUCGAACAGGGCACACAUCGUGCUCUUUUGGAAUCAAAUGGAGCCUAUGCGCGACUGGUGAAGGCACAGGACUUGACCACGACGACAGAGACUGUCAAAAACUCGGAUUCUUCGGUCAAUUCAGAAGAGGAGAUUAGCGAAGUGCCCGCUGAGCUCAUGAAAUCAACUACAGAAUACUCGAUAUCAACCAAAGGCCACCUGGCGAAUCAACUGAACCGCGAUGAUUUUGACAAUUGGAAACGGCUAGGCUUCAUCCAUACGGUAUUUCGACUUCUUAGAUCCACCCCGGAACUCAAAUGGACUUAUGCCAUCUUGAUUCUGGGGUGCUUAACAGCAGCUGCUUCAUAUCCUGGACAAACUAUUCUGAUGUCAAGGUUUAUUGAAGUUUUCAAAUUCACCGGGGCUAAGAUGGAGGACAAAGGGAACUUCUUCGCGCUCAUGUUUCUUGUUCUGGGCAUUGGCGCUUUUGUUGUUUACUUCGUCGUCGGAUGGUCUUCAAACGUCGUUGCUCAGACGAUCAAUCAAAAGUACCGCCGACAGAUUGUCAAUGACAUGCUGAGGCAAGAUCUGCAAUUUUUCGAUCGUCCCGAAAACACCACCGGCGCCCUGACAAGCCGCGCAGAUUCUUAUCCUCAAGCGGUAUUUGAGUUGAUGGGCUUCACUGUCGCUCUCAUAGUUGUUGCAACAACAAGUGUCGUCGCAUGCUGUAUAUUGGCCGUAGUUUACAGCUGGCGGAUCGGUGUGGUGAUUGUAUUUGCGGGACUCCCACCCAUGCUCGUGUCAGGCUGGGCUCGAAUCCGGAUGGAAGCAGCAAUGGACGACAAGAUAUCUAAGCGGUUUUCCUCAAGUGCGUCUAUUGCAUCGGAGGCUGUUAACUCGAUCCGAACGGUAUCCUCGUUGGCCCUUGAGAAGACAGUUCUUGAGCGAUAUACUCAGGAGCUAGACCAAGCUAUCGCUUCAUCGACCAGGCCUCUACUUAUGAUAAUGCUUCCUUUUGCGUUCACCCAGAGCGUUGAAUACAGCUUUCUCGCCUUGGGCUUCUGGUAUGGAUGCCGACUGGUCUCCUACGGACAGGUGGAAAUGGUUGAUUUCUUCGUUGCAUUCCUCGGCGUGUUCUUCUCCGGUCAGCAAGCGUCUAUUCUUUUUGGAUUCUCCAGCAGCAUGACCAAGGCUACCAAUGCUGCCAACUAUAUAUUCUGGCUCGAGGAGCUUGAGCCGACUAUCAAGGAAACACCGGAGAAUCAUGACGUUGGCCCCGAGAACUUAUCAACUCUUGCUCUAGAGAGAUUGCAAUUUUCGUAUCCAAUGAGACCUCUUGCACGCAUCCUGCGUGGCGUCGAUCUUCAUAUCGAAAAGGGCCAGUUCGUUGCUUUUGUCGGCGCAUCCGGCUGCGGAAAGAGCACGAUGAUUGCCAUUCUUGAACGCUUCUACGACCCCGUCACCGGUAGCAUAAAGGUCGACUCGAGAACACUCGACAAAAUGAACCCAUGGCUCUAUCGCGACCGUGUCGCUCUCGUACAACAGGAACCAAUGCUUUACCCCGGCACGGUCCGCGAAAACGUCUCUAUGGGAAAAGCAAGCGAAGACGUAUCGAUCCCAACGGUUUCAGAUUCUGAAAUCGAGGCUGCUUGCCGAGCAGCCAACGCUUGGGAUUUUAUCAGCUCGCUGCCCGAUGGACUAGGAACCCUCUGUGGGACCAACGGGACUCAGCUCUCGGGUGGACAGCGGCAACGUAUUGCAAUCGCACGGGCGCUGCUUCGCAACCCGCGUCUGCUGCUGCUGGAUGAAGCCACAAGUGCAUUAGAUACGCAGUCGGAGCGUAUUGUGCAGAAGGCGCUGAAUGAUGCCGCAGCAGAUGGUGAUCGCAUCACGGUUGCGGUGGCCCAUCGGCUGUCAACAGUUCGUCAUGCUGAUAUGAUCUGCGUAUUUGAUGGAGGGAAGAUUGUCGAACUAGGAACUCAUGAGCAGCUAAGUGCAAGAGAUGGGAUCUAUGCGAAGAUGUGUGAGUCCCAAAAUCUGGGUACAUAG